UCCUACCACGUUUGUUUAAAUACACUUUGCGAUUUAGUAGAAAUGCUUUCAACAGAUGUAUUUUAACCAGUUUCGCAAACAUGUCGGUUUUACUGUGCAUUUCUUUGGCUAGGAUAAUCCAGAAUUUACAAAUGAAGGCAGAGGAGGGAAUUUUCUAUUUUUAUCUGCUAUUCGUAAUUGCCAUAUUUCCAUUUGGCGAUUGUUACCUCGCGCAAAAAGUUACAACCGAAAGUGAAAAGCUGGUUUAUUCUUACUACGACAUGGACUUUAUAGGAACCGAUCUAAAAUUCCAAAAAGCUCUGAUAAUUCUCAUUGGACGUUACCAACACUCAGUAGUAUUUACUGUUGGAAAGUUCACACGGCUUUCAAUCUGUACCUUUAUUACUAUUAUAAAAGGCGUAUAUUCCUACUAUAUGUUUUUAAAAGGUAUCAAGAGAGUUUAAUGCUUUUAGGAUUCGUGCAUAUAAUUUAUGUGAGCAGAACAUGAGAGUAUUUAGG